GAAUUACUCCGUGAAGCGGCGCUGAAACCAACUUCAUCGCCAGCUGAAAGGGUGAAAGGUGCCCGAAAAAUGGCCUACAUUUCAAACCAGGAGAGAACUAAGGACAAGGAGAGCUUUAAGACCGGUGGCUUAACCGCUGAGGACUGUGAAAGUAAGAAGCAAUUGUUGUCAGCCUCUACCUCGGCCACAUCCAAGCAAAAUGGCGAUCAAGCUGGAUGUGAAGACGAGCAAAUGUCUGAACAAGAUGCUUCUGAGCGGCGGAGGAGUGGGCCAGCGGAUUUGAAAAACUGCAGCAAUUCUCCGUCGACUUUCCAGAGAUCAACAGAAGAGUUGCCAAGGAGGAAUUUUCAGAUUCCCAGGAAGAUCAAGGAAAAGAAAGGACUGGUUCAGCAAGUACCCCCAGACUCCCGUGAAUUUGAGGACAUAGUGAAGCUGCUCUCUUCAUUUUAUCUGGACUCUUCUUCCCGAGGGUCUUUCACCUACACCAAAGUAUGUCUCAUCCACAAUGAGCUCCUGGAGAAAGAAUUUGUUGAGAAGAAAAGGGAACUUAAACAGGCAGGGAGGACGGAUACAGAGCUGACUGAGUCAUAUGGGUUCCUACUGCCAGAUAAAAACAAGACUCAGUAUAUCUGUGAAAAGGGCCUCUGUGUUGGACAUGCUCGAAUUAACACGCUGGGAAAUCCCGUUAAAGGGGUUUACCUGUCAAAGUAUUCUGAUUUGUUGCAAAUUAAUCCGUUCGAAGUGGGUGCCUCUGGGGAUAUAAUAAUAUUCAAAAUCAUGAAGGGUAGACUAAAAACGAUACAUGACAAUAUGCCUAAAAGCAAUCUGGAACCCUCGCCUAAAUUUGAUGGCCACGUGUCCAAAAAUGCCUGCAAAGUGACCUCACGGUUCUCCUACAGGGGUUUUGAGCGUACUCAGCAAUACUUUUUUGAAUUUGCGUUUGAGGAGCUAAGAUCCCGGCCCAGGCAUGUGUGUCCGUAUGCAGUGGUAUCAUUUCAAUACAAAGGCAAAGAAUCUGCCGCAGCUGCUCUCAGAAUAAUCAGCACUGUUCAUGAAGGACCUAGAGUUCGGCGGAAGUACACAGUGUGGAGUGGACCCCUGGUGAAUAAAGGAGAGGAGCUGUAUCAAAUCUGCAUCCGAUCUUCUAGUCACCCAUUUCUGCCCUACAAACUACCAGAAAAACUGGACAUCAGUAUGAAAAUGCAUCUAGAGCAGAUAAAGAGGAAAAUCCCAUCAGUUCUGUUGUCAUGGGAUACCUAUGUUGGAUCAAAUGAAGUGCUCAAGUUUGGGAUGUACUGUAGUCUGUUUGAAGUAAUAAGCAGGUCUAAACAGGGAAACAGCCUUUCUGGACUGCUUCAUCAACUGGAGAGGGAGAAAAUUGUUCUUGUUAAGCCGCUGAUCGACAGAGGGUUCCUCUUUCUCUUGUCAUCUUCUCACUUGCACAGUUCUAAUGAGAGGAGAGGACGGACAGACCGAGGUUUACAGGCACUCUUUAUCUUUCAAGAGCCAAGAAUGGUCUCAAGGUUCAUGUCCAGACACCCAGAGGAGGACUCUUUGGCUUCAUUAGAACCCAAAGACCCAAUCAUAAAGCACAUAGAUGCCUUCAUCCCUGCCCUCCAUCAAGCACUGCUGAGGAUGCGCGCUAACCCAACCAAAGACCUUGCUGCAGGGGUAAAGCGCCAGGCAAUGGACUACCUUAACCUCCAGGAACAGGGCGCGGGCCGGCCGUUCCACCUUCCAGAGUACCGGUCGAACCUGGACGAACGCGUGUGCACACAGCCACCGUCCCGGCCCAAAGUCUUGGAUUCCAUGCUUAACUCUUACCUUUAUGGACCGAGCACUUUCCAGCUGCCUGUUGUGAAAAUACAGGCUUUGGUGGAGAGCUCGACGGUACCAGGAGUCACUCCUCCUGCGGGGAGUGAGGACUAUAGCCCCGUCUCGGACUGGGGGGGCUCGGACAGACAGGCUACAGCCAGUGGUAAACUGAGCGUGGCUCAGUCGAACGGGGGUGCCCAAAGGACUCGACUCUCGCAGGGCGAGUACGACAAAGAAAAGAUGGAGAAGCUGCUGAGACUAAUUCAACUACGUAAACGGACUCUGGGCAAGGAGGAGGGGAGCGGGGCAGACCGUGAGGAGGAGGCCUGGGAUCCUGUAGGACUGAAAAGAACACUGGAGGAUGAAGGAGCCAUGAACGUUAGCAAAUACCUGAGGACGGACUUGCUCAGUAACGGAGAGCCUGGGAGAGUUCCUCUGAGUGGGGACCAUCAUGAUGAUGGUCAGUCUCUCUCUCUGUCCAUGGUGAUGGACAGCAUGGGCAUCGGUGACACAGACCUAAGGGCACGGGUGAGCCAAGGUAACACGUCCUUUAAUGAAGCUCAGCUCAAACUGUUUAAAGCAUUCCUCAACAUGGUAAAGACAACGUCGCAAGGAUCCAACGCUCAGGCGGCGGAAUUCACAGGCAGUUUGGGGCCUAACCAAGGACGCGAGCCCUCAAAACCUGACAACCGCUGUGACCUUGAUUUGCGAACACAGCUCACGGAAGAGGAUCCGGUCACCCAGAUCAGAGGGUCAGAGGUGCAGACUCCCUGCAGUUUGAGCAGUGUGGAUGUCUACAGUCCUUCCUCCUCCAUUGAGCAGCCCACUCGUCCUGCAGAAGUCUCCAACCAGAAACGCGUUGCCCGAAGCGCCCCCAUCACAGACCAACCCUCAGAAUGUGAUGGUGGUCACAACAUGGAGCUCGCAGGGACGCCGGGGAAAUCAGUAGAUGACCUACUGAGUCAGGAGUUCCAAUGCCUUUGCACUGAGAUUCAGGGACUGAUGGAAAGCCAGCAGAUAUACUACAUUUCACAGCCUCCUCUACAGCCGCUCGAUGGACGGAUAGAUCGGUUAAACUUUGCCUUCUCUCCCUUUGUCUCACGCUACGUUUCUCCCAUCCCUGUUCAGGGACACGUCAACACACUAUGUGAGAAGAUGAAUCGUUUGAUUCACUCACCUUCAGCUCCCUUAGAGCCUGCUGUUGUUCGUUCUCCUGCUGUUGUUUCUACUCCAGCUGCUCCCUUAGCUACUACUCCUGUUCCUACCCAAGUCCAUGCCCCUACUCCUGUUUGUAGUGGUCCUAGUCCCAUUUCAUCUCCUCAGAAUGCUCCUGCUCCUCACUGUAUGAGUCUCUCUCCAGCUCCUAACUCUGUUCCUCUUAGUGCUGCUGCCUUAAGCACCAAACUCCAAACACCUGUCCCCAAAUCACUAGGACCUAUGUCUAAAUCAAAGGCCCCUACCAAUCCUGUAGUUCCUGUUAGCAAAAAACAACUUCCCCAUCAUGGCAAAUCCCACCAUGGCACUGUCAAAGAGACCUCCCAGGCGACUACCGCAGGAAACCUCAGUGAUAAGACUAAGGUGGAAAAGCCCAAGAUGAUGAAUGCUGUGAAUAGCCCUACAUGCCAGUCAUCAGUAGGAAACGUCACUCUUCCACCUAUUCCUCCAAUACCGGACCCACCUCCUGAUCCUUCCCUGGGCGGCAGCACCAGCGCGGUGGGAAACAGUGUGAUCGGCCAGCUCAAGCCUGAUGUUUCAAAUGUACUGUGCACUCUGGUGGAGAUUAUGCAAAUGCACACAGUCAUGUUUUACAUUGAACUUGGAGAUGAGGUGGAGAGCCAGCUUUGUGCAGAGAUUAAGGAAUACUUGAAGAGUCUUGGUAACAUUGAGUGUAACCCUCAGACUUACCUGGAAAACAACGGACAGCAAAAAUUUAUGGUCAUCAUUCAGAAUGAGGACAUUGCCUCUCAUGUUCACAAGAUCCCAGCUUUGGUGUCCCUGAAGAAGUUGCCAACAGUAUACUUUGCUGGAGUGGACAGCUUAGAUGAUGUGAAAAACCGCACUUACAACGAGCUUUUUGUUUCUGGAGGCCUCGUUGUUUCAGACGAGUCUGUACUGAACCCUGACUUCAUCACUCUGGGGAAACUACAGGCAUUUCUGAAGUUCUUGGAGGAGCAGAGCUCACCCUGGAAGUGGAAAGUUCACUGUAAGACUCAGAAGAGACUCAAAGAGCUUAGCAGGAUGAACAGCGAAGCACUUGAUUUGUUGAACCUGCUGACAGCCUAUCAGAAGAAGCACCUGGUGGAGUUCCUGCCUUAUCAUGAGUGUGAUACUCCAUUAAGACAGGCACCUGACCUGGAUUGCCUUGUAAAGUUACAGGCCCAACACACGCAACUACGACACAUCAUCUUCCUCACAGAGAGUCAUUCACAGAUGUCCUCACAGUUCUCCAGUAGUGGAAUCAUGACUGCUAGCAUGGAUGAGAUCAUGAACAGUUUUCACAGCUUGGUCAGCUUCAUUAGUAAAACUGAUGGACCAACCCUGCCUGCUACAGUGGAGGAGGAUGAGUGUGUACAGGAAGAGGACAUGUCCAUAGACUCUGAGGAUGACACCUGUGUCUCAGCAGAGCCUCUUACGCAGCGACAUGAUGUGUUAAUGGAUGCGAUGCCUCCCCAGCCCCCUCCACCACAAAUAGAGGAGUUUCAGCCACCCCUUCCCAACCAGCCCGUUCUGGACCCUCUGCUCCCUUCCGGCUCCAUACCUUUCCCCACUCAAAGCUCUUACCCCACGGACUACGGCUCUCUCAGUCACCUGUCACAGUACGCAGCCACUAAUCAGGGCAGCACUACAAAGUCUGAGAUAGAGGACGGUUUAGUGAAUUUCGGGGUGAAUCCACACCAGAGCUACUUGUGCUCCACAUCGGCACAGUGGAGCCCUUACUCCAAUUCCUCAGGAUACCCCAUGCCAUCUCCGUACCCCACCUCUUCUUGUCCACCCUCACAGGGACAAGAAUACGCUCAGCAAACCUCUGUCCAGCCACUCGCACAGCCUUCUGGCACCGCAGCGGAAGGGCUAUCUACGCAGGGUAUAAACGUAGCAGAGACAGCGCCUGCUGGAAAUCCCCUGUCUAUUUCGGACUCUGUGGGGGCAUUGGGAGCGAGUGCCCCCCCCACUGGCAGUGUUAAUAAGCUGGUUCUCUGUGGAUCUCAGGAUGCACAGAGUAAAGCCAUUGAACCUGCUCCCCAACCCUCCCCUCACCCCUCUUCCCUCAGUUACUCCGACCCAACUGCUGCCCCCAUCCCCCCUGUGCUGGGCUACAGCUGGGGGACCGGUGGUGGGGUCCAGCACAGCUAUGCAGCAGGACUUGGUGUAGGAGGUUACAGUGGCCUCUCCUCCGCGCAAACCGAGGGAGCAGGGACGCUGGCUUCAGCAGCAGGCUCAGGAGAGGGGUUAUGGGCAACGGGUAAUGAAUGUGGGACGCCAAACAGCCAGGUAGGUGGAAGCACCCCAAACACGUCCACUCCGGGUAUCCCUGGCCACACAGGCGGCGGGGAAAAAAGUAGCACCCCUGGGAGUUUGACCCCAAGCAGCCAGGGUAGCAGGACUCCAGUGAACUCUUCCACGGAGAGUCAGGUGGCCUGCCAGGCCGGGGCGGCCCCCAGCAGAGGUGGCACGCCCAGCAGAGGACUCCUGCCCAUCCCUGGGGCAGCCGUGGGCUCUCUUUGCCGGGGAGGAGUCGCAGGGGUCGGUCCCCAUGGCAACAGCAGCAUGUACGGUUCCAGAGGGGGAAUUUCAGGGACUAUGGACGGUUCAGUGCGCGGGGGCUUCAGGGGGAGAGGAAUUCCUCCACCGCCCAUGAGGUCCAGACCAUUCCGUGGGCAGAUCAGAGGAGGGUCAAACUGUAAUUGGGGGUAUCCUCCAGGAAGGGGUGGAGGUGGCAACCAGGACUACUAUUCAGACUACCCCUACCCCUAACAAUCAGUGCCGCACUCACAGACUACUGGCAUAGACAAUGUAUAUAUUUAACUUUGAGAGCACAUUGAAUCAAGAUACCAGGAAAAAGUGGAAUUACUGGUUUUCUAUGACUGAAAAUGAAGAUUCUGGCAGAUUGUGGCCGGAGUUUUGCUGUUACUAAAAAAAAACGCUCUUCCUAAACAAGAAGUUAAAAAAAAAAAAAAAAAAAAAGAAAACCUUGUU